UAUAUUGGCAGUGUAAUCAACAAGCAUGCAACAAAAAAUCGUUGAAAAUCAGACACUUUCAAAUGAAACUAAAAUUAUAUUGGGCCACAAUUCAUCCCCAAUUUACACAAUUGUACAUAAAGUACCGUAAAUAUCGUAAAUAUCGCUAUUAAUUAUUUACAGAAAGUGACUUCAAACAAUGAUGAUACAAAACUAAUACCGGUACAGUCAAAACUUGCUAUUUCGAGGUCCUUGGUACCUCAAGGAAAUGUUUGAGAUAACAAAAAUUUGAUGUUAAGGAAAUACAGCAAGUGUAUAACUAAACCCAACACAUUUGAAAACAGUUCAACAUAACCAGAACAUCAAAAUAACAAGAGUUUGACUUAAAGGGGCUGUACUCUGUAUGAUGAAAUAGAGAAAAAUAGAGAAAACUGACAUAAACUUCGUAUCAAUGGGGGCGUAUUAUCAACGAUCGUACGCGCAAAUAUUAUCGUAAGUUUGUCGUACGUCAAAUUUACGAUCGUAACCGCGUCUUACUAAGAUUCGUAAACUUACGAUUAUCUUAACUGGUGCGUUAAAGUUACGACAGGUGAAACGCUCUCGUAAAUUUCGUAAAUAUGGCGGCGUUGUUUGUUUUCGGCCAAAGAAGAAGAAAACAACGCACCUUUAAGGAUCGCAUUUCAUCCUUAGAUCAUCUGUCAGAUGUGGAGGUUGUGGACCGAUAUAGACUCUCACGAAUCGCCAUUAUUUAUUUGGAAGAUAACCUAAGAAAUGACCUUUCACCUCCUACAAACAGGUCACAAUCGGUAUCGUCUAUGACGAAGGUGCUGGUUGGGCUUAGAGUUCUGUCUAAAGGAAAUUUCUUAUCAGAGGUAGCCGACCUGCACGGCAUAUCGAAGCAAACAGCGUCAAGGGUGUUGCAUGAGUUUGUAGACGCUGUAAAUCGAAAUAUUGACAAUAUAAGAUUUCCAAGAACACAACAAGAAUUGGCAGAAGCAAAACUUGGCUUCUACAAAAGAUGCAAAAUUGCCAAUAUCGUAGGUGCAGUCGACGGAACACUCGUCCCUAUCAUUGCCCCGAAAGACAGUGGCGAAGCCUACAUAUGCCGGAAAGGAUUCCAUGCUAUAAAUGUGAUGGCUACAUGUAGCCACGACAGAAGGUUCAUCGACAUUGUCGCCAAGUGGCCAGGGUCGCAGCAUGAUUCUUCUGUCAUGAACACCUCGUCGUUGAAGGAACACAUGGAGAGUGAGAGGCCAGGGAUGCUGCUGGCUGAUAGCGGUUAUCCACUCACUACCAGCCUACUAACUCCGCUUGCUAAUCCCGUAACGCCUGCUGAAGCAAGAUAUAACAACGCGCAGAGCAAGGGAAGGAUGGUUAUCGAGCAGAGUUUUGGAAUCCUGAAAGGAAGGUUUCGAUGUCUCCACAAAACCGGCGGUGUGUUGAGUUACAGUCCCGAAAAGUCGUGUGCAAUUUUUAUGGCAUGUGCCAGGUUGCACAAUAUGUGUUUGGAUUGGGGUCUGACACUGGACGAUGCCCAAGUAGUGGACCCAGGCCAAGAUGCUAUGGAGGCCUGGAUGGGACAACCAGGCUUGCAGGUGCAAGAACUGCGACGACGAGUUGUGAACACUUUUGUGUGAAAUUGAACGUAGUUUGUUUGUUCCAUUUCCUUUAAUUUAAAUAGUUUGUGAUCGCUUUGUGUUAAUACAUGAUGCAAAGUAUAAUGCAAAUGAAUGUGUGCACUUACUAAGUGAUGUAAAAGUAAACAACAAAUAUACAGUAUUGUGACCUUUACAUGGAAGUUAUUGGUUGCAAAUGGACUGAACAUGUUGCCCUGAUUAACAGAGUGAUCAUUUUGUACAAGUAUUACAAUUAACUGUUAUUCAAGUCAUAUAUGUAAUUUAUGCAAUUGAUAUGAAUUGUCAAAAUGGAACAAAUAACAAAGAAAUGCCAAAACAAAUCAUUCGUUUUCCAAAGUCCCUUUUUAAUGCUGGCAUAUCCGCAAUGUUAACACAUUUGUAAACAUUCAACAAGACGGCGUUUUAAAACAACGUAUUAAAGCCAUAUUUUUUAUUCCACCAUGCAAUUUUGCAAACCUAAUAUUUGAGCUAAUUUGCUUAUUAUUUAACAAAU